CUUUGAACCUGGAAGAUGCCAUGCUUGAUUUUAGACAAGGCCCUGGCUACUAUGGCAUCAAUGUACGUGGCUUUAAAUUCAUCCUUCAAAGCAUAAGUGGGGUCAAAACUCUGACAUUAUGUAGAUGGUUUUUGAGGAAUUGAUCUUACCAGAGCGAUAUCUUUUAGGUCAAGGCCUCUGCAAUCUAACUGAUUUGUGGUGGAUUGAUGAUUCACGGGAGAGAUACAAUAGUAAUGCCUUAAUCUCCUUUCUCAAACUCUGUCCACCGUUAACUAGGCUCUAUAUCACUAUCGAUCCUAAGAGCUAUAACAUGGGAAAGAUAAAGAUGUCUUCUAUCAUGGUCCGGAGGUCUACGAAAUUGGAGCAUCUCAUGGCUGUCAUGGUUGAAGGAUUUGAAAAUGAGGAAGAGGAGUGUCAUCUGGCAAAGCAAUUGAAAAAGGUAUUGGAAGCAGAACCACUGAUUAUAAAGUGGGAUGGAACUGUGAGGCGCUUAAUAAAAGUACAUGAGCAGCUAAGGAAAGGGAGAGAUCCAUAUGAAUUGAUUGAAAAAAGAGUUGAAAAUCAUUAUGAAUUAUGUCCUAAACAUCCUCACAUGGACCACUAAAGGAUAGAAGUUUUCACUUGUUAUACCUAUAAAUCAUUACCAAAACAGAAGAAAGAAACCAUAAUCUCUAUCUUGUAUCUUGGAGUAUUGAAAGGAUUUUUGUUAUUGUACCUUUGGUUCUUGGAUGGGAAGUGCUUGCAUUGUUUUGGUAAGUUAUCUUUAUUUUCUUAAA